CCUCCCCUCCCCCCCCCCCAUAAACAAACCGACACCGACCGCAGUUGAAGCCCGAGACGUCACCCUUAAAAAUCAAUCACCGCACAAUCAUCCGCUGUCGCCGUUUUAUUCAACCGACGCUUUUUUUAAAACACCGGGACAGGCCGCACACACUCACCCCCUUCUUCCGGCGCUCGGAUCUUUUUUUAAAAAACCGCCGAAGAGCUCGGUGUUGUCACCAAAUUGAACCUUCCGGGGGGAAAGAAUAACCCCGAGUGGAGUUCCGCGGGAGGAUCUGGUUCCCCCAGCUGCUUCCUGUCAGUGUUUGUUUGUUUAUUUACCCACCCAUUCACAUCAGUGUAAUCCAGCUGGAGCCAUCGACAGAACACCAAAGGCAGCUUCUAGACGAAUCUGAUCCUCUCCUAUUAAACUGUUGUCCAGAUGAAGUUUACAAUUACAACAACAUGGGAUAGUUCACCAGUGAGUCACCGCGGAAUAUCACUGUCACUUAAACCUAAUGAUGAAGGCUUGCUGUUGGAGGUAGAGGGGCCUUUCUUCAAUGAUCCUUCAGCUCCACCUGGUAAAAGAGGAAAACCUUACAAUCAGUUGUGGGAUUUUGAAGUUGUAGAAGCAUUUUUCUUGAAUAGCAGCAAAGAACUGUACCUUGAAGUGGAACUCUGUCCACAUGGACAACAUUUAGUACUAUUGCUUGCUGGUAAAGGAAAAGCAUGGAAGUCAUCGUUUGGAAUAUUUCAAGGAUUUCAGCUUGAAUUCAAUUAUGGGAAAGCAGUGGAAGCAGCCCCAGUCCGAAUUGUGGAAAUCUGCCCCCGGGACCAAGAAGUGAUACUACCUGAGCUACUGAGAAUUUCACACAAUCUUCUGAAUAGAAAUUUGGGAAACAAUAUCACCGGAACCAAUAUUGUACAAAAAAAAGUGUUUAUUUUGCUGUGCUCAAGCCAACCCAACACUUCCUUGAUUAUUGUAAGAAAAGCAAGCCCCGCAGCGUAAAAGACUGUUCAAUAGAGCAGAAUAUUCUGGAAUUUUUUAUGUUAUGACGGGGAGGAUGAACAGUGAACAUGUGAAAUGCAAAUCAAUGCUGAACAAAGAAGUGAUUAAAAAUACAAUAUUUAGUUAAGUAACAGCAUUUAAUUAAUAUGUAACAGACUGCCCAGUGUUAUAUAAAUGUAUGAUACUUUAUCGUGUGUUGAUGGUUUUCUUGUGGUACUGGUGGCAGUGCGAUAACUCAGAGAGUCUGAGUUGCUGUGUAACAGACACAUUUGCAUGCUUAUCGUAACUUGACCCAUGGAUAAUGAUGGUGAAGGCUCCAAUUUUGCUACAGUGUAUGGUUUCUCACUGGAAUGUUAAUAGAAAGAUUUGCAAGUUGAUCACCAACCUAUUUGGCCACAUUACAAAACGUAUUUCCCCAUAGCUAUCAAGUUUGAGAAUAUGGUGAGAGCCCAGAGCUUCUGCCUCAGAGGCAGAGACACUAUCCACUACUACAAGACCUCAAUUUCUCUGUGCCAGUGUGUAAAAUAAAAACUUGAAGCAUGAAAAAUGAACAACAUAUAACAAUUUUCCUUGAGUACUAUAAAAGAAUUGGUCAAGAUUGGGUCUUAAACACAACAGCCUAUUUAGCCAGCAUUUAGUGCAAGACAGCAUCUCAGUAAAAGUGUUAAAGCCAAAACGACAACAUCUGCCUAGAGAUUAGUUGAACAGUUGGUUGAUAUUUAAAUGUCUACUAGUGCUCACCAAAGACACUAUGUGGAACUUUGGCAAGUAAUUCAACACUUUCUUAACAAUGACCAGUAAACAAGGUACUGACAUCAAUUUCAGCUUAAAAGGAAUUUCAGCAUUUCAUAAUCAUUGCACCCGGAGCUGAAACAGAGGAUUUUCUGGGGUUUAUCUUCAGUUCAAGCAGUAAUUUGUGCAGAAAUUCUUUGAGGUCAUCUCCUUAAAUGAGUAAGUGGAGUGAUACUACAAAUUAUAGGAGUCACCCAUUGCAAAUGGGCAUCUUGGUGGGAUAUCCUCCUUGAUUUGAAUGAAGAAUUGGAGAAGGGCAGGCAGGACACCAUGAAGUGUGGGACAGGAAGGAACGAUGAUGUCGUAUCCCGACAUGGAUAGAGGACAUUCCUUCUCUGGGCCAGCUGCAGGAGGAUUUCCAGUGAUACAUCUAAGAACUUCUACACUUGACCUUUCAGGCUCAGGCAGCUGGAUGGCUGGUUUGCAGUGUAGAGUGGCACCGACAGUGUGGGUUCAAUUCACACAUCCAGCUGAGGUUACUAUCACGUUCUCACCUCCUCAAUCUCUCCCCUGAUUUCAGGCAUGGUGACCCUCAAGUCACCACAAGCCAGUUUUCUGUCUAAUGUUUGAGCAGCCUAUGGUCCAGUGGGUCUUUGGCAACUUAAGACUUGAAUGGGCAACCCCUUAAAUUUUAAACUGUAACCUCCAAGUUCUGGAUUUGAAAAGAGAUGUAUGUAACAAAUUUGUUUUAUUACUAAACACCUGUUGGUUUAAUGUCAAUGAUGGGAAAGAUAGUAGAAUUUUUUCUGAAAGAUGAAAUAAAAUUCUAUCCAUUAACUGAAAA